AAAGGCCGGGGAUUUCCAUUUAAAUAAAUAAUUGUAUGAUAAAGGCAUAUUUUUAAGGAUGUUGAUUUGCUUUAUCAAAAUGAUUCCAAGAAAUGAAGAAAACAAGAGUUUUUAACAUUAAACAAACUCCCAAAGCUAAGGGCCCAAAUGAGUACUGGUGGUUCGACAAAAACUCCAACACACACAAGGAAAAGUUGUUCACAGAUGGCCACGACAGUGCCUCUUCACCCGCUCCUGUAAGCUGUCGACAUCCAUUCUACUACAAUAUCAAUAAAAGUCAAGGUCUCGAAAAGCGAAUUUAUUGGGUUGAGUCUACACAUAUUCUACCACCCGUCCAGAACACCAAAUCUUCGAUUAAAAUUAAAUUUAGGUCGUGUGGGAAUGGUCAGUAUACAAUGGAGCAAAAGAAACGAGGACGGAAGGCAGGGUGUAGAAGCAAACGACGUGAAAAUGUGAGCUUGAAGACAAAUCUUGAUGUUUUUGAUCCAUUCAUUGACAAAUUUUCUCUCAUUAAAGCAAGAAGGCAUAAAUUUGAACAGAAUCACGAAAGACAAAAGAUGUUUACGCCAAAAAAGCCAUUUAAAGAGAAGGAAAAAUCACCACCUUCAGAUGUUGCGAAAAGUGAAGUUGAUAUAAAUGACUUACAUGUAAAAUGCGAAUCAAAAGAUGUUAGUAAGGUGUCGAAAUCUGAGCAUGUAACAAUAGAUUUAAAACGUGUAGGUUUUAAUUUCAUUGAUGGGAAGGUUGAUGAUAAAUUGUUAUACAACAGUAUUUCACAUUACUUUAAGAAAAGACCGAACAUCUCUCUCAGGCGAAUUGAUCGAAAAGAUCUUUCAACUCUUCGUAAAGUUGGCUUCAUUAAAACAGAAAUAUGUGAUCCCACAAAUAAAGAAAACAACCCUGAAAAGACAGAGGAUUUCAAAGAAGACAUUUUGGCGAAAAAAAGUGUGAUCAUUACACCUGAACAUCUAAACAAGAUUAAGUCUAAGUUAAAAGCAGUUUCUUACGAAAAAACAAAAACAAAACCACCGUCCACAGUGAAAGAAUGUAAAGGUGAUCACAUGUUGAGCAGAAUAGGCUCGUGUGGAGACGAAGCACCAAAUAUUGUAGAAGAGAAUCAGAAAACAGUAGUCUCAGAAUAUUUAGAAAACCAUCAACCUCCUGUUCUGAUUCCAGAAAGAAAUUCUUUUGAAGAUGAUAUUGAUAGCGAUGACAAAGACUCACCAUUUGUUUAUUUAGAAACCAAACCAGACGUAGAAGAACUGAACAGAAUGAUUCAAAGUUUGGAAUCUUCUAAAAGGUCUGUAAAUGGCCAAAUUUUGGAUAGACAACUAAGUGCCAUGGUAGAAAAAGACGCGGAAGGGAGCAAUUGUCGUCAGUUGGAAGUUUUUGUUUGUAAACAUUCAAGAGAGAAAGGUAUUUCAAUUUUAAAUGACCGUAAAGAGAAAGUCGAUUUCACACUUGAAAGAGAGGGAGACAGUGAGAUUACCUCUGAGAAAGAUAGUCACGAUACUCAAUCUAGUAAUCAGUCGAUUCCUUCGAAGAAAAAGAAGCCACAAGCAAAACUUACUCCAAAAGUUGUAGUGCCGAAAUCUGAUUCAAAUCUUACCCAUUCAUUAUUUCAUAGUAGUAUCUCAUCUACAGAAACAAAUAUUGAUCAUUCAGAUUUUCAUUCCAUUACUGACUCAAAUUCUUCCUCAAACAUACUAGGUAAUGACAAAAGUAGCACUCCCCCCAAUGUCAAUUUGAAAUCAAAUUCCACUGCAAAAGAUCCUGAAAGAGUUCAGACUAGCAUGGAUUUGGAAAGUGGGAGUGUUGAGCAUUUAGACUGCAGUAAUGAAGAUAUUUUCCUGGAAGAUGUAGCAAAAGAAAAGGAUACAAGCUACAAUGUUAGGGAUUUGCAAACCGUCCAAUCUAAAAUUAACAAAAAAUUUCAGUCUCCACAUUCUAUCCCUUCACUUCCAAAUGUAAACUCCAUAUUACCAAAGGAACCAUGUGAGGCUGCCUGUGGGUAUGACAGCGAUGAAACUUUAGUUUACGAUGAUGAUGAGGAGGAGGGUUUAUCUGAAAAGUUGGCGAGAAAAAAACAUCGGAUGUUUUCUAGGUCUAGUUUAGCUUUUUCUAACUGCAAAGUUGUCGAUUCAAUAAAAGACAGCAAUUUAACUGAUUCUGAAAACUGAGAUUCUGAAAAAAUCAAUUGUUUAAAGAAAGCUGCUAAUAAGAAAAUUAACGAACACGAUUCUCAUAAAACGAAUGUCAAAUCUUUGAAAACUAAGAAAGGGAUUUCCGACCGAGAAGAUAGUAAUGGUAAGAAAAUUAAAAUCAAAUUUCCUCCAAAGAGAAAACAAAAGGCAACAAAGAAUGACACUGAGAGCCAAGACUUGCUCUUAACAAUAUCCCCACACAAAAGGCAAGUGGGCAAGAGGGGGCAUAAACAAGCAGGAAAGAUGUCUAGCAGUUGUAUGAAAUUACUAGAUAUUUUCAACUUUGAAGACAGCAGCGAAAAACAGACAAUGAAAUCCAAGAAACUUCUGUCACCAAAAUAUGAUGACAAAGUUUCAAGGAAUAGAAGAUCAAAAAACAGUAAAGCUCAAAUAAAGAAGAAAAGAGCUUUUCAAUCAAAGACCAGUUAUGGUGGAGAGAGUAUGGAGACCAAAGGUUACACAGUUAUUGAUAAUGUCGAUGAGGACGAUCUUCCAAAAAUUCUUCCACCAAAACGACGACGACGAAAUUCAAAAAACGAUGCUGCAAUGAAGAAAAAGUCUGUGGUCGUCACUGAUGGUAUGGAAAGAUUAAUUCAGGAAUUUCCACGACACAAUUGGUUGGAAAACAAGUAUAAAUCAGAGGAGAUACCUCGGACUCACCCUGAAGAAAUUCAAAAUACUGAAGAACUUUAUGAAUAUUCAUUAGAUGAAGAUAAAAUGGACACCACUGAUCUAGGAGAAGAAAACCAAUCCACAACAGGGACGGUUAACCCUGUUAUAGACGAACAGGAUGCAAUACCCAACCAACAAAAUACGUUCAGCCUUGAGGCCACAGAGAUGACGUCAAAAAGCAAUACUAGCGACGAACAAGAGGACACGCUGGACGAAGACAGGCUUCAGAUCGUCACGGACCUGGACAAAGAUGGUCAGGAUAACGAAGUCAUGAUCCCUUGUACAGUAUCUUCAGCUAUGACGGAAGUUUCUUCCAAGAGUCCUGACCUCAAUCAGGUAGACGAAAACUCCAUCGUGGAUAUUGAGGUAGAUGAUCAGGAAAAAAUCACAGAGGAGCCUGUUGAAUCGGUAGUUCCCACUCCACAAGAGGAGAUAACAGAGCAUCCUCGAAUUACCACCAGUACGUUGCCCCCUGUACCCCAUCUAAUUAAAGCACCUGACAAUAAUCAGGAUGAUAUGCAUUCACCAAACCACGAAAGUUUUGAAAUUGUCAAUGUAAAUCAAUCAAUAGCCGAACAGGUAUGCACUUCCUCUAGCUCUGACGACAGUGCUAGUGUUUCAUUAACAGAAUCUUGUUCUGCGCCAAAUAUUGUUGAUUCAGUUAUAUUAAAUAAAAACUGCAUUGCCUCUACAAUGCCUUCAGAAAGUCAAACUGUGAACACAAGAAAAAGAAGAUACAAUGGUGAAGAGAGUCAUGAAAAAGACCGAAUAUACGAUGAAAUAUCCACGUCUGAUCACAUAAAUGAGAAAAUUCCAAAAAUGUCUACUAAAGUGAUUGAUAUCAAUAACUGGAAAGAAAUUAUAACAGCAAAGGUAAAAAACGACAUUAACAAUCAAUUACAAAAGACAUUAACAGAAUUUCGGGAAUUAGACCAGAUGGUUACAGAAAAAGCGCGUGAGGCCGAAUCUCUUAGGCAGUUACGUGAGCAAAAGCUAAGAGAUCUUCAGAGUAUUCAAAAGAACAAUUCAGAGGCCGAAAUAAAAAGAAUUUUAAAUGAAAGGCUGAGUAUAAUGGAAAGACAACCCGAAUCGAAAUCUGAAAUAAACAGCCCUCCACCUGCACAUCAACGCCCAAAACAAAAUAUCAGGGAACUUCUGGAUAAAAUGGAUCGGUCUCAUUCCCAGACACCUAUUGACUGUUCCACAAUUAGUGCAUAUAGUGCACGUAAAACUCCAUUGCACUCUCCUAACGCGAGCAUGAGUGGUAAACAUUCCACUAUUGCACACGCAUAUAAACAGGUGUCAUCUAUUAGAAACGAUGAGCCAAAUUCGGAAACAGGAAUAAUUCACGGACAUGUUCCUCCUGCUCAUGAAACUGAGCAAAGCUCUGCCAUCAGAGCCUCCUCAGCGCCGGUUAUUUGUAACAGGACGAAUUUUGACAAACAAUCCACAGUCUCAGAUAUCAGACUGUCUGUAUCUAGAGUAAACACUGUGCCAUCAAAUUCUAGGCUGUGUAACGGGUCCAAACCGGUUGCAAAUACAUCUAGACCCAAUGAGGCUUAUAUAGACCUCUCCCAGAGCACUAAAGACUCUGAAAGGGAAAUUCAAAUGGAGCUUAAUAGAGCUUUGGCUGUAAAACGACAAAAGCAAGAUUCAAGUGCAAAAAACGAUGUGUUUAAGAGCAAAGAGAUUAUGGGAAGUAGGUUACAUUAUCAAAAUGGGGAACCGUUUGGAGCAAGACAAACUAUGCAACCAUCAAAUCCGCAGCCAUUGCUAAGUGCGAAGUCAAAAGAAAUCAGAGGUUAUCCUCAUCAUGCUUACACGCAGCAACUUGUGCGACCUGUUUCUUAUGUAACUGUUGCUAAUUCUCAAACUUUAAAUACUGAAAGAACGGUUUCAGGUGCAUAUCGACAGAAUAUACCUGGAAUGAUGCGCCCACACGCUGUCCGUUUGCUUGGGGCUACUGCCGUUGGAAAUGUACAGCACACAAUAGAUGGAAGACAAGCCUUUACUUCAAACAUUCCACUGAAUACGUUCCCAAACUCGGGGUCUAUCCGACAAGGGACACCAAUAAGACAAGUGCAAGGCAUCGUGAGUCCACCACAACCCCAUGUUCGCCCUCCUCUGACCAGUGGAGCUGCAUCUUUGGAAAAUGGUCAGCUUAUACGCCACAUUCCCAUUACAGCCGCCCGAACCACAGAUGAUACCCAGAAAGCUCCAUAUGUACAGCAGGCCGCAAUUUCUUCAACGGGUCAACCCUCUAUGCGCCCCCAGGGCUAUUUCCGCCCUUUAGCCCCAGUCAAUUCAAUAAAACUCCACGGAGGACCUCUGAAGACCAUCAAUAACGCCAAAGUCGUGCCAGAAAACCCUGAAUUCCUUCUUAAUCCUUCUCAGCAACAUCAACAGCAAUUAAAUCAGCAACAACAAUCCAACAUGCCUAUGAAUAUCAAUGGAAAAUGUAUAGUGUGUUCUAAGUUUGCCUUGUACCUUUGUUCUAAUUGUCAGCAGUUUUGGUACUGUUCCCCACAAUGUCAGCUAAAACACUGGGUAAGCCAUCAGCACCACUGUAAGACUGUCACCAACGUUUCCUAGACUUCAGCAACGUCACAGAUCGCCAUCAUGAGAUAGGACAGGACAUGGAAAACAGUGACUCGCUCUGGUUUUUCAUUUUAUAUUCAACCUACUGGAUAAAUCUUCAAAACUGAGUACAUGUAUUUUAUGAUGUAUUUAUUUUUUAAUUUAUGGAGAAAACAAAUAAUAUCUUUCAUUAUAUCACCCUAUAUAGAAAUUUGAAUGAAUACAUAAAUCGACCAACUGAUAAUCUACCUGUAUGCAAGCGACUCUCAGCGUUUAUUGGGUGGAUAUAGGUGAAUACAUGGUUUAGUAUUACAUUUACCCAGACAAGCAUUUGUAUUAUUAGCCCAUUUAGGUGAUUAUUUAUGUUAAUACAAGGUGUCACAUGAAGUUUGCUCAAUAAUUGUAUAUAACUUUAAGAAUUAAAGUUUACUUUUUAUAUUCUGUUCUUAAUAAUGUUCUUGGCUUCCUGUAAUAUACUAACUGCGCGGUUCAAAACUGCCUACGUACUUGUUAGAUAGUAGUUUAUUAUAUGCAGUUUGGCAUUUUUCUUUACAUUUAUCUCUGUUUGUUGGGCAUUAUCGAUAUUGUGUUCUCAAUAUUUAUCAUGUUUUUUGAAGCUCUCCUUAAAAGACUUCCACUAUAUAUAUAGCAUCAUAAUACUUUUUUAUAUAUAUAUUUCAAAAAUCGAUUUGAUGAUUUUAUUUUUCUCUCCCUACGCAAUGGUAAUAAAUGUACGAAAUGAUUAUAAUCAGUAUCGCAAUAAGCCUCAUAUGUUCAAACUGUACAUCUUUCUAAUCGGUUCUUUAAUAACUUUGGCCAUGAUUGCAAUAAAAAGCCCUAAUAUGUUGUUUAUUUUAAAUGUCAUCGGAUGAGAAUAGUUCGAAUGAUAUAAAAUAUAAUUUAUGUAUAUACAUGUAUACUCAUAUUCAUAACAGUUUUUCUUGUAUUAAUUGUUAUUUGUAUAUAGAGAGAUUUUCUAUUCAAAUCAACUUUUAAAGUUCCCUAAGUGCCAUUUCUUUUGAAAUCCCGUCGACAUAACGACGUUAAUAAAUUUCCUUCAAUAUUUCUUUAAAGAUGUGUACAGAUUUUGCAUUGUCUGCAGAACAGUUAUUGAUUUAUUGCAUGAUGGACAACGACUGUUUUGUAAUGAAACAUGUGAUUUUUAAUAAAAUAAAUUUUUGAACCAA